UCAAACUGGUUCACUCUCGGGCGUUUUUGUUGGAUUCUCUCAGACAAGGAUUUCACCAUGGGGGAAAACGAUGAGAAGAAGAAGAAGUCAAAGAGCGCAACAGUUUGUGGCUUCCCGAUAAGCAUUUUUUUCAUUGUGGUCAAUGAGUUCUGUGAACGAUUCUCCUACUAUGGCAUGCGAGCUGUGCUUGUCCUGUACUUCAAGUACUUCCUUAAAUGGGAUGAUGAUCUUGCCACUACCAUCUACCACACCUUCGUGGCUCUCUGCUACCUGACGCCCAUCCUGGGCGCCAUCAUUGCUGACUCAUGGCUCGGCAAGUUCAAAACCAUCGUUUACCUUUCCAUCGUCUACGCGCUGGGUCAGGUCAUCGUGGCGGUCAGCGCCAUCCAUGACAUCACAGACGGCAACCGGGAUGGUUCCCCGGACGACCUGACGCUUCAUGUGGCUCUGUCCAUGGUUGGUCUGGUCCUCAUUGCGCUGGGAACUGGAGGCAUUAAACCCUGUGUGGCUGCGUUUGGUGGGGACCAGUUUGAAGAUCAUCAGGAGAAACAGAGGAGCACCUUCUUCUCCAUCUUCUACCUGUCCAUCAAUGCCGGCAGCCUGCUGUCCACGGUCAUCACCCCCAUCCUCCGAGCGCAGGAGUGUGGCAUUCACACCAAGCAGAGCUGCUACCCGCUGGCGUUUGGAGUUCCUGCCGCUCUGAUGGUCGUGGCUCUGAUUGUGUUCAUCGUCGGCAGUCCCAUGUACACUAAAAAUGCACCGCAAGGAAACAUCAUGGUGAAGGUCUGCAAGUGCAUUGGAUUUGCUCUCAAGAACCGCUUCAGACAUCGUUCCUCCCGGUACCCCAGCAGGGAGCACUGGAUGGACUGGGCGGAGGAGAAAUAUGACAAACUUCUAAUCGCUCAAGUGAAGAUGGUGCUGAAGGUUCUCUUCCUCUACAUCCCUCUGCCGAUGUUCUGGGCGCUGUUCGACCAGCAGGGGUCAAGAUGGACGCUCCAGGCGACCACCAUGAAUGGAGACUUUGGAGCUCUGAUCAUCCAGCCUGACCAGAUGCAGACCGUCAACCCUAUUUUGAUCCUGAUUAUGGUGCCGAUCAUGGACAGUCUGAUCUACCCUCUCAUUGCGAAAUGCAAAGUGAACUUUACUCCGCUGCGGAGGAUGACAGUCGGCAUGUUCCUCGCUGCUCUGGCUUUCAUCGCGGCGGCUCUGGUUCAGAUUGAAAUUGACAAAACGCUUCCGGUCUUCCCAAAAGGCACGGAAAGUCAGGCCAAGUUCAUCAACGCGCUUGACCGGCCCCUGGAGAUCAUUGCUGGAGAUAACAAGUUCACUCUGGGUGCUUUCGAGGCCAGCGAGGAUUACAAGACCUUUGACGGAGGGUUCGCUCUGGGCUUUGGCGGUGCUAAUUUCCCAGUCAGUUUGGAUAAAGCAACACGGAAUACUUUGGUUUUGGUUCAGGAUGAAGGAGCUCUCCAGUAUAUUGAGUUUAAAGACUUACAAAGCAAACCUGAGGAGGGAGACAACGCCAUCAGAGUUUUCAACGGUCUGAGCUACGACGUGGAUGUGGUCGUCUCGGAUUCAUUCUUCAACUAUACCACACCAAACAACAUGUCACAAUAUAUCUUGGUGCCUCAGGGAAACCCAAAAUUCAAGAUCACAAACGACAAGGGACAAGAGUGUAUCUACCCGAUGUCUUUGGGCUUUGGCAGCUCGUACACUCUGGUCAUCCCGUCGACGUUCAACUUCACAAACGAUUGUGCUGAAGGUAUCGUGGCGGUGGAGGACAUGAGUCCGAACAGCUUCCACAUGGCUUGGCAGAUCCCUCAGUACUUCCUCAUGACUUGUGGAGAGGUGGUCUUCUCCGUGACUGGACUGGAGUUUUCAUACUCGCAGGCGCCCAGCAACAUGAAGUCAGUGCUGCAGGCUGGUUGGCUGCUGACUGUUGCCGUCGGCAACAUCAUUGUCCUGAUUGUAGCAGAGGCAGCGACGCUUCCAGAGCAGUGGACCGAGUACAUCCUGUUCGCCAGCCUGCUGAUCCUGGUCUGCUUCAUCUUCGCCAUCAUGUCCUACUUCUACACCUACAUCGACCCGACCAAGAUCGAAGCCCAGUUUGCUGAUAUGGAGCCGGAGGACAAGAGGAAGCGUUUUGAAAUGGUGAGGAACGGCUCGGAGCGUGACAGCGGACGCAGGAAGAGCUCCACUCCAGGUUACGACGGAAGGGUCAUUUCUCAGACCCACAUGUGAGCCACCCAGGACUCUCCUCUCGUCACGCUGCACGGUUCUGUGGCUCCUGUCGUGGUGUUGAGCUGAAGGACGACCGUUUCUGGUGCAGUGGGACGAACUCACGGACAGGACCACGGUGAUGAAUCCCGGGUCAUCGAUUUGUCUUUUGUAUUCUUGCAAACUAUUUCUAAGAGUGUGUUUUGCAGUGUGUCGCAACUCGGUGUUUGUUUCGUGAGAAAGCAGCGACACCACUUUAAAUUAGUCUUCAGAUACUCACAACCGACCGCUUGACUGAUUCUUAGAAAAUAACUAGUGAUGGGCUGAUGAGGCUUCAUGAAACAGUCUCUCUAUUUUCAGAGGCCACCAGGUGGUGCACUUGGUCUUUAAAUGAAGGACAGUGUUUCAUGAAGCCUCAUAAGCCCAUCACUAGAAAUAACUCAUUCAGCAUUCAUCACUCAACAACUCUCUUUAUAUGUGAAACAUUUUCCUUUUUGAAGGUUUCUUCACAAAGCUAUUUCAUUUGUCUUGUGAAUUCAACUGUUUUGUGCUGAAUCUUUCAUUGUCUUUGCUUUAGUUCGGGUUUCAGUGUUGAGUGCCGAGUGCACACGAGCGACAGCCGAAGUCACCAGUGAGGCUAAUAAAAUGCCAGCGUGCAGGUAGAAAACCAAGUGGAGACUGAUGUGUAGGAGACUGAGAUCACGGGCUUGUUCACGACAGAGAAGUCAUUUGGUGUUGCUUCUGCUGGUGCUCCUUGAUUUUGAGAGAUAUUGUAUGCUAAUAAUCCCACAAUGGGAAAUUGUUAUUGUUCUUCUUCUUUUGUUCUAUUAUUGUUCUGUUAUUAGAUUGUUCAUGUACUGUACACGUGGCUGACUCAUCUUUGGCAAUGUUUCUCCAGCUGUGGCCCAAUUCAAGUCAGUAAAUUGUAAAAUA